AUGGACAAAAGAGCUAAACAAAUGAUACAAAUGCCAACAAACGCCCUUGAAGUUACAACCAGAGUCUGUACCACGUAUAGUAAACAGGCGUUUACCGAGGCGAUAUUGAGCGCGUGCAAGACUUCUUUAGUCUGCCACCGCAUCAAACGCCCUCAAAAUGAAAACUCCUCACAAGCAACAGGAAAACCAACAAAUACUUAUACCAACAAACCAUAUGCCAAGACCAACAAAAGAAAACAACAAACUAAAUUUGCGACAAUUGAAAUUAUAUUUGUUUGCUAUUUGCUGCUGCUCUGCUUUCACAGCAACAUCAGCCACACUUCCGCUGCUUAUUACAACCACAACAACAAGGUCAUUUUGUUGGCGGAGCAACCUAAGACAGCGGUAACCUUACUCAACAAUAGUAAUCAAACAAAUUCAUCGAAUACUGCAACAACUUGGUUGAAAACAAAUUCAUCAACAAAAUCGUCAUCAUCAUUGUCGUCCUCUUCAACACUGGCUAAUUCUUUAAACCGUCACAAUAAAAAUGGAGUUGUCACUGUAUAUAAUAAAAAUAAUCUUAAUAAUAUUUACAAUAAUAAAAAUGAAGUCAUUAUACCCACGCAUAAAGAAAUCACUAGCCACACCACUCCGGCUGCCACAGCUUCCGCGCCUGCUGUUAUUUAUUCAACAAGUUCUACGUUUACAGCUUCUACUACAAGCUCAAUAUUUAAUGUCUCCUCUGGAACUUCUAAUGCGGCUGCAACAUCAUCCUUCAAUGACACUUUUUACGAUGAUAAUGAAGUACCAGAAAUUCCUUCGUAUAUACGAACUACUGCCAUGUUUUUCUGCAUUGUCAUAAUGUUAAUGGGUGUCAUUGGAAACGUAAUGGUUCCCAUAGUAAUUGUUCGCACGAAAGACAUGCGUAAUUCCACGAAUAUAUUUUUAACGAAUCUCAGUAUUGCCGAUCUACUAGUACUAUUAAUUUGUACACCCACAGUAUUAGUGGAACUAAAUACAAAACCUGAAACUUGGGUAUUGGGACAUGAAAUGUGCAAAGCCGUCCCCUUUGUUGAACUAACCGUUGCUCAUGCCAGUGUCUUAACCAUCUUGGCCAUAUCAUUUGAACGUUAUUACGCCAUAUGUGAACCAUUAAAAGCCGGUUAUGUCUGUACCAAAACUAGAGCAAUAUUAAUCUGUUCCUUGGCUUGGGGUAUUGCAGCACUAUUUACCAGCCCCAUUAUUUUAAUAGCCACCUAUCGUUUGGAGCCCUAUUACGAUGGUACUUUAGUGGCAGUUUGUUUUACUUCAGCCGAAACAUUUUGGAGUACAUUUUACUUUGUGGCCAGCAUAAUAGUAUUCUUUUUCAUACCCUUCGCCAUAUUGGUGGUUCUAUACACCGCCAUUGCUUAUAAAUUAUUAAGAAGACAUUCGGAAUUUCAGCGUCCCACCUCGCCCAACAUAAAUGAGGCAGUAACAACGGCUGCCAUGGAAGUGGUAACCGAAACGAAUAGCUGCAUUAUGCCCUCUAAAGAAAUUAUAGUGAAAUUAUCGGCUGCCCGCCGCAAUCGAGUCAAUUCACAUCCCCAAAAUAAUAGUUUGCGCAAACAUCGCAAACAAGUGAUAUUUAUGCUGGUGGCAGUGGUAGCAAGUUUUUUUCUUUGUCUCUUACCAUUUCGUGCUUUUACCAUUUGGAUUAUAGCCAGUUCCCAGGAGGAAGUGGGCUCAUUGGGUUUGGAGGGCUAUUACAAUAUUUUAUACUUCUGCCGCAUUAUGUUGUAUCUCAAUUCAGCGCUUAAUCCUAUACUUUAUAAUCUAAUGUCCUCGAAAUUUCGCAGCGGUUUUUGGCGUCUCAUUGUUUCCUGUUGUCGUCAUCACAAGCGUAAAAGAAAUCUCUGUUCUCGACAUCAGAUCACCACCUAUACGAAAAGGGAAACUAAUGUUAUGAAAAAUAGCAAUAGUUUAAGAUCUCGUAGACCUUUUAGGAGAGAAGCUACUUUCUUGGCGAAUUCUAUAUCAACUUCAUCGGGUACGGAACGUACAUCGACUACCUGGCGUAGUAAUAGUGUUUCAACUUCAGUUACUGGCGUCACAAAAGCUCCCGAGUCACAUUCAUUGGCAGCGGCUAUAACCGAUAUGAGUACUGCGGCUUUGACUACCAUGUAUUUUAAUUAAGAACAUACUUAUUCUAAGGUAAAACAUCGGAGUUUAUUCGAACACCCGAAAAUUUAUAAAGUAAAUUAAAUUGUUAAAAGAAUUUCGAAAUUUGAAAUACUAUAACUUAAAUUGGAGGACUGAGUUAUGCUGAAGAAGUUCAAAAUCAAAGUUCUAAACUAAUUUAGCUGAAAGAAUUUCCGAUGAACAGAUACAGAAAAAGAAAAAUCCGUCAUGCCUUAAAAUUACAAUAUUAAUCUGAGUAAAAAAUUGGAUUUGUUUCAUAUUAAGCCUAUUGAUUACACAGGCCAACAAAAUUUUAAAAAAGUCGAAGCCCAGAGACCAAAUUUUGACAUUCGGGUUCAGCGCUGCUCAAUCCUAGGUUAAACAUUUGUUGAUCAGUGUUGUUAAUCGUAUUUUAGUCGCACUCCAUUAAUUAAUAUUUUCAUUAUGUAAUUAAACAUUACUGUAAUAUUGUGUAAACUAUUUUAAACGAUGAUAGUUUAAUAAUUAAAACGCCAAUGAUAAUUGCAAAUUAAUAAUUCUACUAACAGAAACUAAUUGUAAAGUAGAACAUACAUACAUACAUAUUUACGUGUGUAAUUAAUUAAACUAAUGUUGUAAGUAGCAUGAAAUAAAAAUAAUUAAUUUCCAAUUAAAACGUUAUAAUUGGAGCAAUACUUUGUUUCAAUCAAGCUAUGAAAAUAUUUAAACAAUUUAUUAUACAUCUGAAACAAUGUUUUAAUGAUUAUUUUUUAACAAUAACAAUUUCUAACAAACUUUUUACAUAGAAUUCUUAAUUUUGAAAAA